CCGCAAUUCAUAAAUCACCCAAUCGCCGGCCUCUGCCGACAUUAAGAUCCCUCACACCUAACGACAUAGCACACCCUUCGCCGCUGUUACUGAACAACAUGGAACCCCAACCCCUACCCCGAACGCCAGAACAGUUAAGGCCAGAGCUAAGCGAUGAACAAUGGAAAGCAUAUAGCCGGUGCCUUUCCCUAGAGAAGUUGGGUGGAUGGGGUAUCCACGUUCCUGAGCUUCAAGAAGCUUACUCGGAGGACAUCAUGGCCCAGUUCACAGCGUGCAAGGUUGCACGUAUCCUUGGAUAUUGUUUGCUUGCGGCACCUAGUAAGCAAGGGUGUGAUGCAUUGACCCGUGAGAUCCUUGGGUGUGCCGGCAAGGCACAAAAGUUAGAGUGUGCAGACAAGGAGGAAGCAGAGAUGUUGGAGCCUGUGGGCCAGGUGGAAGCAGAGAUGUUGGCUGGGCUCGCCCAUUUGUACAUUUAUGGGCUAACUCGUGUGUUUUUCAAUCCCAAAGGCCGUACACCCAUACUGUCACCAGGUCAAAGUCCCAGAGGCUCCUUCGAGCAAGCAGAGAAAAGGGCCGCAGAUUGGCUGCUAUGGCGCCGGGCCCCCUAUGAUAGCCUGAAGCAGCUCGUCUUGCUUCGUGAUGACCAUCGCUGUGCCUUCACUGGUCUUUUGGAUAAGUCUUUUGUGGGUUGUGCACCAAGGCAACUCGAAUUCAGAGGAAAGCAAGUCAACGUGACUGGAAUGGAUGUGGAGCGGACAAAACCCGACCUCGGUGAAACAUAUGUGGCUCACAUUAUCACAAAGUCGCUAUCGGAGGACAUCGAGGGCCAGUCAGAAGGGGUAAAGGCUAAGUUCCAGUGGGCAAAGAAGGCAGUGGCAUUGAUCGAGCGGUUUGGAGGGUUUUCCUUUACAGAGCUUGGGAUUCAUGGUCUGGACAAUCCGUUGAAUGUGUUCACAACAUCAGAUACGCCGCACAAGCAGUUUGACGCCCUCAACCUGUGGUUAGUGCCAGCUCUAGAUCAAAACCGUGCCGUCAUUGCCAAUAAUACAUACGCUCCAGAACACUCUGGGGGCGAUGUGGCACUGAAGUCAUUCGGGAUUCAGAAAAUUGUCAAAUUCAAAGAGGCUAAGACUGAAGAUGGUCAGGUCGUCCCCCCUCCUGACCCACGUCUCCUUGCCCUGCAUGCUGCUUGUGCAUGGGUUCUUCAUUCAUCUGGCGCCAUAGAGCAUGUGCGGGAGUUUCUUCUUCGAGAACCUGAACCGAUCUCGCUCAUGACAGAGCCAAAUGCAGCUCCAGAACUUCACUUCGCGCUAGAGAAGUUGCAGUACUUUCGGCACGUUUCCACGAUGGCCUAGUUAUGGUUUUCACUUAUCUCUCACUCCACUUAACCCUUUACUUUGAUGUUGUGUGUGUUUAUCUGUUCCAUGUCUCUGUGGAUGUUGUACCCGCGCAGGAAAAUGACUGUAUUCCAAAAAAAAAAAGAUCAUGUGACGUUUGUG